CGGCCAUGGAGGCGGACGGGAGCCAGGCUACCUCGGGGAGCCCCGGAGAGGCGCAGCACGACCCCGGCAAGAUGUUCAUCGGCGGCCUCAGCUGGCAAACCUCACCAGACAGCCUUAGAGACUAUUUUAGCAAAUUCGGAGAAAUUAGGGAGUGUAUGGUCAUGCGGGACCCCACCACCAAGCGCUCCAGAGGCUUCGGGUUCGUUACGUUCGCGGAUCCGGCGAGUGUAGACAAAGUCCUGGCUCAGCCGCACCACGAGCUGGACUCCAAGACGAUUGACCCUAAAGUCGCGUUUCCCCGACGAGCACAGCCCAAGAUGGUCACAAGAACAAAGAAAAUAUUUGUAGGUGGAUUAUCGGCUAAUACAGUAGUGGAAGACGUGAAGCAAUACUUUGAACAGUUUGGCAAGGUAGAGGAUGCCAUGCUAAUGUUUGACAAGACGACCAACAGGCAUAGAGGAUUUGGCUUCGUAACUUUUGAAAACGAAGACGUGGUGGAGAAAGUCUGUGAAAUUCAUUUCCACGAAAUCAAUAAUAAAAUGGUAGAAUGUAAGAAAGCACAACCUAAAGAAGUGAUGUUUCCACCAGGGACGAGAGGGAGGGCACGUGGAUUGCCGUACACCAUGGACGCCUUCAUGCUAGGGAUGGGAAUGUUGGGUUACCCGAAUUUUGUUGCAACAUAUGGCCGAGGAUAUCCUGGAUUUGCCCCAAGUUACAGUUAUCAGUUCCCAGGUUUUCCAGCAGCGGCUUAUGGACCAGUAGCAGCGGCAGCCGUGGCAGCAGCAAGAGGAUCAGGAAAACAGACCUCAUUGUUUCUGCCUCUUCCUCAUGUUUUGCCCUUCAGGUUUUGUUUUACGUGCAAACAGACCUGGUCUGUCCUACAACCAGCAGAAAGGGACGUGUCCCUGUCCCCGUGCUCAGUGCCACCGUAAAUUCACGUCCCGCGUCGCUGCUCGCGUGCCGGCGGGGUGAGCGCGGCCGUGCUGCUCGCCAUAAAUCACGUCCCCAGUCGACGUCCCAGUGAUGAGGUGAUAGCUGAGGUCCUUCCAGCAGACACAGGUCUGGCCACAUCCAUUCGCUCCGGGUGGGGCUGCGCUGCCCAAUCCCUCCACUGGUUUUGACAACCUCACCCAUUCUUGUAUUUUUUUAAUGAAUUGGGACCUGAGCCACGGAAAACGAGCAAAGUUAAAAGUCUGAAUGCUGCAAACUCCUCCUAGACAACUUCACUAUCAGUGUCACGUUUCUUUUGAAUCCACCUGACAUAUUUUACGUGUAAAACAUUUUUGUCGUGUAAAUGCUUUUUUUGAAAUACAGUCAUGGGGGGGGCACAUUUUUCUCUUGCAUUUGACAUGGGAGGGGUUCAUCCGGCAGGAGAGCGAGACGAGGAAAAUUUGGCAGGAGAGGGUUUUCGUUCCUUCCUCUUUGGUUCAUUGACAAGCCUGAGAUUUUUCCAGUUCCCAACCUGUUGCUACCAACUGUUCCUCCCUGAGGACUGGAGACAAAACCCGUCAGGCCACACUAAUCCAGCCCUGUCCCAGCUCCCUCGGGCAGGCUGUGCAGCGGGACAGCGCAGUGCCACGGCGCCAGGGGCUGCUCCCCACCCCAACCCCUGGCACAUCUGGAUUUUGGGCCCCAGUCCCGGCUUGCCAGUGCUGCCUUUGAGCCCUGCGCCCCAACAACCCCUUACUGGACUUUAUACUUGCCAGCUAUAACAAAUCUCGUAACGUGAGCUACUGACCUUGAUGGUGAGUGUGAGCAGUUAUGUUUUGUUGU